AUGGACGCUCUUCUUCUCGCAAAUAAGGCUUCGUACCUAUGCCAAGUCGCAGCCUUUCAGCAGAAAUCCUCCAUGCAACUCGCAAACAAAGGCGCUGGAACCAUAUCUCAAGAGACACUCUCUGAUGCGGACACAACCAUAGGGGCGAGAAUAAGACCGCUAUCUGAACAAGAUAGAGACUCUGGUCAUGUUCCAAGUGUGUAUGCGAGAGAGAAGGCCGCGGUCGCGGAUGUUCAUGAGUUGAGGGUGAAAGUUCGAGGCCCACCAGCCGUGACCACUUCAAGCUAUCAGUUUGAUAGGUUGUAUGGGCCGGAAAGUACGUCAGAUCAGAUUUAUGAUGAUCUCUGCGGAGCUCUGAUUCCUUGGGCUUGGGGAGGCGGCAUAAGCACUUUGUUUGCUUACGGUCAGACUGGAUCUGGAAAGACCUUUACGCUCGACGCUCUCGAGAGACGAGCUGCUAAAGAUCUCUUCGGUGGCCUGGAAGGCAAUCGUGAUGUUCAUAUCUCGGUCUUUGACCUUGCUGGGAACGUAGCAUCGGGUAAGCUCCCAGAUAAUUACCCCAUAUUGUCCCCUAACGUUUCCUAG